AUGGGCAGGCUCAUCAAAAAUCACUGGGCGCGACUCAUUAUCCUCACGGCGGCAGCCUACCAGAUCAUCAGUGCCAUACAAGGCUUUAUCUGGCCCAAAGUCUUCUGGGACUUCAUCUCCAAGAAUCUCGAUGCUGCCGUCGCUCCGGUCCCCGUUCUCCAAACGCUAAACUUGCUCAUGGGUCUCAUCGGUAUCGCCUGGGAAUGGCCCUUGCGACCUUUGGCAGGAUCCUUGCCGCAUCGUAGUAUCGAAAUUCGAUUGAUCGUGUAUCCGCUCAGCGCUCUUUUCGCGGCCCUGCUUUAUCAAGGGACGGACCCGGCCCUCUACUAUCUGAUUGGCAUUGGUGUGUACUUUUGGGCUUAUAGCGAAGGCGAGAUCGUUUGCCCUGAGCCCUGGACGUUACCGAAACGAUCGAAAAUCCUGAAAGCAUAA